CAGCUAUUGACGCUUUCCAAUGGCCCUUGGCAUUGACAGCGACACAAGACCACCCGCGAGGUGUGUUGGCCGGGUGCCAAGCCAAACUGCUUUUGCGUUAGCCUAUAGCGAGCCUAUAACGAGGGCAUUACAAAGUCAUGUCGUCGCGGGAAAUCCCAGAAUAGAGUUCUCAUUUCGGUGCGGAGCCCCCUCACAAAUAGACCACAGAAACUGUAUAGUCAGUUAGUGACGCGCUCAGUCGCGUUUUCACACUAACUUUGUGUUGGUCAGUGUGCCCGCCUCACAUGCAUUCUAUUUUACCUGUUGACGACGACUGCGAUCUGUCAUUUAUCGUGGGAUUGAUUUGAAAUGAUUGAAUCAAACCAGAGAGAGGAGAACAUAGACACCAAAGGUAUUCAGACGUUAUAUGACAGCAAACAGAAACUCUGAAAGUUCUCUGGAUGUAGUGACUGAAAGCGAAAGCGCGCUUCCCGUUUAAACCCAUCACUUCGUUAUUUAGUCACUCUGUUUUUAUGAGCGUCUAUUUUAUUCAAACUCAAGAACAACAAUACACAUUCCCCACAACAAGAACGCUUUUGAAUAGAAAGCGGCGUAUUCUCAGAGUCGUGGCUGAACGACGACAUGAAUAACAUACAGCUGGCAGGUUAUACACCCUAUCGGCAGGUUAGAACAGCAGCCUCUGAAAUGCCCCUCCACAAUAUGGACACCCCGAGGAGCCGAUGGGAGCAGGGCUUGCGGCCGCCGUGGGUCGCACGAUUGUCUGGAGGGCAAAGCCCCGCCUCUUCAGGGGUGGAGUCAGACACAGAGAGCAGCAGCACAGAGAGCGAGAGGUCUCCAGCCAAACGUUUAGAGGCGCGGUCACCGAGGAUACUACCGUUGCCCUCCAUGCUGCAACAGCGAAUCACAGAGAUUGACCAACAGAGGGAGGAGCUAAAGAUAGAGCUGCAGCUGGAGAUAGCCCUGUUGGAGGGUGAGCUGCAGGAGGAGAGGAACGAGCUGCGCAGACACACUCUGUAUCUACAGACACUGCAGGAGGAAGGCGGGCAGGAGGAGACACACAGACAGACGGACAGACAGAAGGAGCGAGCCAGUCUGGAGGUGGAGAGGGCCCGGGUUGAGGAGCUGAGGAGUAGGUUGGAGGAGAAGGAGACAUUGCUCCCCAGUCAGCCAGAGGACCAGAGAGAGCAGCUACUGAUCCAACUACAACAGGAGAAAGAGACGGUGGAUGCAGCCGGCCGGGUGUUCGAGGACUGGGAAUUCCGUGUCCUGGAGAGCGAGGCCGGAAUAGAGGAGGAGGAGAGUGAAGGAAAGAUGGAAGGGAAGGAGAGAGGGAACGAGGAAGAUAAAGAGAAGGAGAUCUCAUGCCAAAAGAAUGCUGUCAACUCAGCGCAGGACCGAGUCCAGCAGCUUGAGAAGCAGUUGAAGGAGAUGGAGCGAGAGAAGGACAGAGAGAUGAAUGCCUUCAAGAAGGAGAGGAGAGAAUUGCUCCACACCACUCAAAGGGUCUUGAAAGAGAAGAAGCCACUCGCUGAUUGGUCCAACAUCCCCAGCUCGGUCCCUUGCAUGAUGUCACUCUCGCCGCUGACCAUUCACAAAUCACCUCAGGAACAAGCCAAAGAAUCCGUCAGUUUACCCCGGAGACGGAGCUCGCACCGCAACAAUAAGCUCGCCGAUAGACCGGUCUCGGCGCAAGGGCUGGUGAGAAUGGUACCUGACAGUCCGAGCCCAGAGCGCUUCACUUCCCCUCUCCCCUCCCACCGGCACAGCAACGGGCACAGCAACGGGCACAUCAAUGGGCACAGACCUGGGCCCAGCAAUGGCAGUGAUCUCCUCACCCCCUGUAACAGUGCUAGUAGCUCCCGUGCUGCCAGCCCAAAUCUGGGACUUUUAAACCUGGUGGAGAUUGAGAGGAGACUGAGGGAGGCCAAAGCGGAGAGAGAGAGGCUUCUCAAAGAGAGGGAGGAAAGGAGGCAGGUGGUGGAGGAGAGGAGGCAGAGAGAGCUGGAGGGCCAAGGAGCAGCAGAACCAGUAAAGUCCCAGAGCAGGCUAGUCCCUGACCCAGAGGAGAAGCCCAAAACCACCAGUCCUGUCCCCAGCUCCCCUGAGCGCUCGCUACCUCUCUUCCUCUCUGCGAACUUUGACCUGCGGGCCCACGUGGAGUCGCUGGGUCACGGGGUGGCGGGGUGCAUGGGCCUGCGUAUGUCCCCGCGCCGCUGUGCCGGCUUCUUGACCAAGCGAGGGGGGCGGGUCAAGACCUGGAGGAGGAGGUGGUUCCUCUUCGAUAUGGACCACAGGCGGCUAGCCUACUACACAGACUGUGAUGAGAGGAAGCUGAAGGGGGUGAUCUACUUCCAGGCUAUAGAGGAAGUCUACUAUGAUCACCUGCGCACAGCCACUUCAUCUCCGCGGCCCAGCCUUACGUUCUGUGUGAAGACGUACGAGCGCCUCUUCUUCCUGGUGGCACCCAGCGCCGAGGCCAUGAGGAUCUGGAUGGACGUCAUUGUCACAGCAACAGACGAGCACAGCCGCUACUGACCUUGACUUUACACCUGUCCCCUUUCCUGUGUCUGUCUGACCUCCCCCUUGGACUGAACCUCCAUUCACCUGGCUGAUCUGGCUAACCUGGCUACAGUUUCAGCAGUUUACAUUAUGUGGGGAAAACUGCAAUCUUCAACCUCCACCCUCCAAUGCGUGUAGGACCCCAGCAAGACUGCCAUUUUGCUGCCUGAACUUUACGUCACAUGAGUGGUGGAGGUGAGGAGUGACGAGCAGAACAUAACGUUCAGGAAAGCUCUUCCUGAAGGAACUGACAUUUGAUUCUGGAUAGUUUCUUAGGAGCUUUGAUGACAUGGGACUGAGUGGCAGACUGUUACAGGUUCUGUGUGGAACAAGAGACAUUUGGAGGAGGGACAAGGCCAUGGGAAUAUAAAGACGUGGAAGUGCAAGCUGGAGCAACCAUUUGACAUCUUAGAGUCAGUGCCAACCAUGAUAUACUGACAGACAAACCUAAUGUCUUUUUAUUAGUCUCAAAUCAGGAUUUAAUGGUUGGUGUCUCUCUAGCAGCUGUGUUUGAGCUCCCUCUUGUGGCCAGAUUAAAGUAUUGAAGUACUACAGCUUCCAUUGAAAUAUGCAGGUAACUGCCAAAAUAAUGGAAACACCAGCAUAGUGUGUCUUAAUAGGUCGUUGUGCCACCACGAGCAAGAACAGCUUUAAUGCACCUUGGCAUGGAUUCUGCAAUGGUUUGGAAUUCUAUUGGGGGGAUGCGACACCAUUCUUCCAUAAGAAAUUUGAUAAUUUUGUGUUUUGUUUGAUGGUGGAAAACGCUGUCUCAGGCUCCGCUCCAGAAUCUCUCAUAAGUGUUCAAUUGGCUUGAGAUCUGGUGACUGAGUUGAAAAUGGCUUUACAUCGUAUUAAUGCUCAUCAAAUCAUUCAGUGACCCCUCGUGCCCUGUGGAUGGGGGCAUUGUCAUCUUAUGGUGGCAUAGCCAUGGGAGAAAAAAUAAAUAGACAAAAUUAUGGCCAGCUCAGCAUUUUUAUACAUGACCCUAAGCAUGAUGGGAUAUCAAUUGUUUCAUUAACUCAGGGACCACACCUGUGUGGAAGCACCUGCUUUCAACAUACUUUGUAUCCUCAUUAACUCAAGUGUUUCCAUUCUUUUGGCAGUUACCUGUACAUGUAUGUCUGUAUUGAACAUUGGUAUAUUUAUCAUCUGUCAAAAGGGCUGUUCAUAGUCAAUCAAAACACUGAACGAUCGUUCAGUUCUUAAAAUUGAUUGUUUUUGUUGUUGUUUUAUUUUACAAUAUAAACACAGAAAUACUAUGCUUAUAAAUAUGUAUUAUUAAUAUUGUCAUUAUUAUUAUGAUCAUUAAAGGUUUUUCAUACA